AUGUCUUCUCAAAGUUUGUCAGAAUAUGAACCAGCAGCUUGUCUAUCGAUACCUGAUAAACAAUUUUUUGUGGUUGAAUAUCCAGGUCGCGUCAAAAACAUUGAUAAAGUUUUAAAAACACUCGGAGGACAAAGAGGACUAAAUAGAGCAAUAAAUGAAAAUCUGGUUGAAUUGCGGUAUCGCGUAAAUGAUCCUUUUUGUCAUCCAAUUAAUGGCGAUAUUGUUCCCACUGCGAAUUUCUUGGUAAAAGUGACUCGUAGGCGAAAAAAACAAAAGAAAAAUGAUAAUGAUAGUAAUAGUCAUCAACGUGAAAGCGAUACAACUGAUGAAAGUAAUAUUAAAUAUGAAGUAAUGGGUAUUAUUUCAAAGACCUGCCGCUUUCGAGGAAUGGCGGAUUUUCAGUAUAUUGUAAAUGCGAACAAUCCGAUUCGUGAUUUUCGGAAAUCGCUUGAAAGAUUUGAUGUUCAAGAGAUAGAAAACUUUGAUUAUAAAACGGAAAAUGAAAAAGCAAAACCUCUUCCAAAUUUGCCUCCACCUUCGUUCUCAAGAGCCGAAUGUCCAAUGGAUUACGGUUAUCAACAAAAUACUGCAGUAAUCAAAGUUUUGAUUCAAAAAGAUGCUAAUCAGGAGCCAAUGCUAAAACUGAUCAAUCGUAGUCGUCGAUAUAAAUUUCUCGCGAUUUCUGUUUCUUUUGAUACAAGAAAUGUCCCUGAUAAACCUCCACCCGAUGUGACAAAAUACAUGCAAAAACUGCCUCAUGAAAGUCGUGAUCAACUUUUUGAAAACCGCCCGAUAUGGACUAAACUUGCCUUACAAUCCAAUUUAACAGUGGAUAAAAAAAUGAUCAAAAAACUAUUACCCUUGUAUGCGUAUUGGAUGGUAAAUGGACCGUGGCGAGAUUGUUGGAUUCGGUAUGGCUAUGACCCACGAAAAGACAAAGAUGCUAGAUUUUUACAACUUCUUGAUAUCCGUAACAAUAGACGACCGGUGAGAAUAGAACGGGCAAAACGGGUUUUGCGUGGACAAUCAGAUUAUGUUGUGGAUACUAUUGAGGAAUCAAUGAUUGUUAAUAACGAACCUGAAAACUCGACUUCCCUAUAUAAACACGUCUUUGAUGGAAAAACAAAACCCCGUGAUGUAGCCGUUUUCCAGAUGUGCGACAUUGAAGACUCACUCCUUAAGUCUUUAAUUGAAUCUCCGGAUGGAGUCGAAGAAAUAUGUCAAAAAUCGUAUGGAUUCUACAAACGAUCACACGUUGAAAAAAUGCGCAAGGUUUUGCGGCGUAAAGUUGCUGCAUUGGAAAAUGGUGUAAUAUUGGCUGACGAUGAAUUUAAAGAUUUAUUGGAAAAUGAUGAUGAUGAAAAUGAUGAAAAUGAUGAGAUUGAGGAUGAAAAUGAUGAGAUUGAAAAUGAAGAGAAUAUGAGACUAGAAUCAAAUCAUAAUAAAUCCCAAAAUGACCAAAUAGAAACCAGGCACGCAGAAAGACAAUCCAGACAAAAUAAUGGAGAAAUUCUGCGAGGGGAUGAUGAUGAACUUUAUCAGUUUGAAAACCUUGAAGAAUUCGAAAAUGUCGUGAAUUAG